UGUCCCAAAGAGAAAAUGUCAAGCCAGAAGGACAUGGAUGACUGUCUAAAAUGCCCAGAAGAUCAAUAUCCAAAUAAAGACAAAAAUUCAUGUAUUCUCAAAAAAAUAUCUUUCUUGUCAUAUAAAGAACCAGUGGGAUUUGGUUUAGCCAUUUUGGCACUUUUCUUUUCUCUCUGCACUAUUGUGGUGCUGGCAACAUUUUUGAAACACCACAGUACACCUAUUGUCAAGGCUAAUAAUCAAAAUCUCACCUACAUUCUACUCAUCUCACUCCUCCUCUGCUUCCUUUGUUCACUUCAAUUCCUUGUUGCACCAGGCAAUAUAAUAUGUCUCCUCCAACAAAUUAGUUUUGGCAUCAUCUUCUCUGUAGCUGUGUCUUCUGUACUGGCAAAAACCAUCACUGUAGUUCUGGCUUUCAUGGCCACCAAUCCAGGAUCCAGGAUGAGGAACUGGGUGGGAAGAAGACUGGCUAUCUCCAUUGUUCUUACUAGUUCCAUGAUUCAAACAGGAAUCUGUAUUGUGUGGCUGUUCACAUUUCCCCCUUUCCCUGAUGUUGACACCGAUUCAGAAAUAGAGGAAAUCAUACUGCAGUGCAAUGAAGGCUCAACUACCAUGUUCUAUUGUGUCCUGGGCUAUAUGGGCUUUCUGGCAGCUGCCAGUUUCACUGUAGCAUUUUUUUCCAGGAAUCUCCCCAGCAGUUUCAAUGAGGCCAAAUGUCUCACAUUCAGCAUGCUGAUCUUCUGCAGUGUGUGGGUCUCCUUUGUUCCAUCCUACCUGAGCACCAAAGGCAAAUACAUGGUGGCUGUGGAGGUUUUCUCCAUUUUGGCUUCCAGUGCUGGGUUGCUAAGCUGCAUAUAUUUCCCCAAAUGUUACAUAAUCCUUAUAAGGCCAGAACUAAAUAAUAGGGAACAACUAAUAAAGAGAAAAUAG